GGUUCAGGGGUGGGGCUGCCAGCCGAUGGUCUCCUCCUCCGGCGGGCGCUGCGGCGGCCUCCCGAGAGUGGCGCGGGACGGGACGGGUGUGGAGCUGUCUGCUGGGUGAUUGCCGCGGCCCGCGUCCGGGUGGCCCAGCUCUCUGUGGCUCCUUCCCUGAGAGGUGCUGUUACGGCGACUGCACGGAGUCCUCGCCGAGCCACUCCAGCACUCGAGCUGCGUGCGCGUGGAGUGGGAUCCGCGAUCACGAGUGGCUUGGACGGCCGCGACCCCCGAGGCUCGGAAGGGACCGAGCACCGCGAAGCUCUGCGCCGCUUGCUGUCCGGGGCUGCUCAGCUGGGCGCGGGCUGUCGGCGAGAAGGGACUGCCCCGGCUUCCAGCUGCUGUCGCCUCUGUGGACCUGAGCGCCGUGGGGAUUUAAAGAGCGGAACCGGGCCAACCGGGGGCCCGGGAGGGGGCAGGCGGAGGCCGACCGCAGCCGGAGAGAGGACUAAGAUUCCAGAUGGCAAAUUCUAUGAAUGGCAGAAACCCUGGUGGUCGAGGAGGAAACCCCCGCAAAGGUCGAAUUCUGGGGAUUAUUGAUGCUAUUCAGGAUGCGGUUGGCCCCCCCAAGCAAGCUGCUGCGGAUCGCAGAACUGUGGAGAAGACUUGGAAGCUCAUGGACAAAGUGGUAAGACUGUGCCAAAAUCCCAAACUUCAGUUGAAAAACAGCCCACCAUAUAUACUUGAUAUUUUACCUGAUACAUAUCAGCAUUUGCGGCUUAUAUUGAGUAAAUAUGAUGACAACCAGAAACUUGCCCAACUGAGCGAGAAUGAGUAUUUUAAAAUCUACAUUGACAGUCUGAUGAAAAAGUCAAAACGUGCAAUAAGACUUUUUAAAGAAGGCAAGGAGAGAAUGUAUGAAGAACAGUCACAGGACAGACGAAAUCUGACGAAACUGUCCCUUAUCUUCAGUCACAUGCUCGCAGAAAUCAAAGCAAUAUUUCCCAGUGGUCAGUUCCAGGGAGAUAACUUCCGGAUCACAAAAGCAGAUGCUGCUGAAUUCUGGAGAAAGUUUUUUGGAGACAAAACUAUUGUACCAUGGAAAAUAUUCAGACAGUGCCUUCAUGAGGUUCAUCAGAUUAGCUCCGGCCUAGAAGCAAUGGCUCUAAAAUCAACCAUUGACUUAACUUGCAAUGAUUACAUUUCAGUUUUUGAAUUUGAUAUUUUCACCAGGCUAUUUCAGCCUUGGGGCUCUAUUUUACGAAAUUGGAAUUUCUUGGCUGUAACACAUCCAGGAUACAUGGCAUUUCUCACAUAUGAUGAAGUUAAAGCACGACUGCAGAAGUAUAGCACCAAACCUGGAAGCUACAUUUUCCGGUUAAGCUGUACUCGACUGGGGCAGUGGGCCAUUGGCUAUGUGACUGGGGACGGCAAUAUCUUACAAACCAUACCUCAUAACAAGCCCUUAUUCCAAGCCUUGAUUGACGGCAGCAGAGAAGGCUUUUAUCUUUAUCCUGAUGGACGCAGUUAUAAUCCUGAUUUAACUGGAUUGUGUGAACCUACACCCCAUGAUCACAUAAAAGUUACACAGGAGCAAUAUGAACUCUAUUGUGAAAUGGGCUCCACUUUUCAGCUCUGUAAAAUCUGUGCAGAGAAUGACAAAGACGUCAAGAUUGAGCCUUGUGGGCAUUUGAUGUGCACCUCAUGCCUUACCGCGUGGCAGGAGUCCGAUGGCCAGGGCUGCCCCUUCUGCCGUUGUGAGAUAAAAGGAACUGAGCCCAUAAUUGUGGACCCCUUCGACCCCAGAGAUGAAGGUUCCAGGUGCUGCAGCAUCAUCGACCCCUUUAGCAUGCCCAUGCUGGAUUUGGAUGAUGAUGAUGAUCGAGAGGAGUCCUUGAUGAUGAACAGGCUGGCUAGUGUUCGAAAGUGUACAGACAGGCAGAACUCACCAGUCACAUCACCAGGAUCCUCCCCACUGGCCCAGAGAAGAAAGCCUCAGCCAGACCCUCUCCAGAUCCCCCAUCUCAGCCUGCCACCAGUGCCUCCUCGUCUGGAUCUCAUUCAGAAAGGCAUUGUCCGCUCACCCUGUGGUAGCCCCACUGGUUCACCCAAGUCUUCUCCAUGCAUGGUGAGAAAGCAAGACAAACCACUCCCAGCACCACCUCCUCCCUUAAGAGACCCUCCUCCUCCCCCACCAGAGAGGCCUCCCCCAAUCCCACCUGACAAUAGACUGAGCAGACACUUCCAUCAUGGGGAAAGUGUGCCUUCCAGGGACCAGCCAAUGCCUCUCGAAGCCUGGUGCCCUCGGGAAGUGUUUGGGACUAAUCAGGUAGUGGGCUGCCGCAUCCUAGGUGAUGGUUCUCCAAAGCCUGGAAUCACUGCGAACUCCAACAUAAAUGGAAGGCACAGUAGAAUUGGCUCCGACCCAGUUCUUAUGAGGAAACAUAGACGCCAUGAAUUGCCUUCAGAAGGAGCCAAGGUCUUCUCCAAUGGACACCUUGGCAGUGAAGAAUAUGAUGUUCCUCCUCGACUUUCUCCUCCUCCUCCAGUAACUACCCUUCUCCCUAGCGUAAAGUGUACUGGUCCAUUAGCAAACUGUCUCUCAGAGAAAACAAGAGACACAGUAGAGGAAGAUGAUGAUGAAUACAAGAUUCCCUCAUCCCAUCCUGUUUCCCUGAAUUCACAACCAUCUCAUUGUCAUAAUGUCAAACCACCUGUUCGGUCUUGUGAUAAUGGUCACUGUGUAUUGAAUGGAACACAUGGUACAUCUUCAGAGAUGAAGAAAUCAAACACCCCAGAGUUAGGCAUCUAUUUGAAGGGAGAUGUUUUUGAUUCAGCCUCUGAUCCAGUGCCAUUACCGCCUGCCAGGCCUCCAACUCGGGACAACACAAAGCAUUGUUCUUCACUCAACAGGACGCCCUCUGAUUAUGAUCUUCUCAUCCCUCCAUUAGGUGAAGAUGCUUUUGAUGCCCUCCCCCCAUCCCUCCCUCCUCCCCCACCUCCUGCAAGGCACAGUCUUAUUGAACAUCCAAAACCUUCGGGCUCCAGUAGCCGACCUUCCUCAGGACAGGACCUUUUCCUUCUUCCUUCAGAUUCCUUUUUUGACCCAACAAGUGGCCAGGUUCCUUUGCCUCCUGCUAGGAGGCUGCCAGGAGACAAUGUGAAACCCAGCAGGGCCUCCCAGGACUAUGGCCAGCUCCCUUCCUCUUCAGUGGAGGCUGGCAACUCCAAGAUGAGGUGUCUGGUACUUGUAUCUGGAGGGACUUCUUCCUCCUUCAGAGAUGGUUCACAAGCACCAGCCAGACCCCCCAAACCACGACCCCGCAGGACUGCUCCAGAAAUUCACCACAGAAAGCCUCAUGGGCCUGAGGCAGCGCUGGAAAAUGUGGAUGCAAAAAUCGCAAAACUCAUGGGAGAGGGCUAUGCCUUUGAAGAGGUGAAGAGAGCCUUAGAGAUUGCCCAGAAUAAUGUGGAAGUGGCCAGAAGCAUCCUCCGAGAAUUUGCUUUCCCUCCGCCAGUCUCUCCACGUCUGAAUCUAUAGCAGCCAGAACUGCAGACACCAAAAUGUAAAGCAGUAGACAGACAUUCCAGAGGAUGGAACAGAGAGGACUGAGAGGGAGCUCAGGAGCCAUGGCAUCUGGACCUGGGAGGCCGGCCGCUCAGGUUCUCUGGAGACUGUGGCUCCCUGGGAUGGCCACAGCUGUGGCUUCGUGUUUGUGCUAGCCAUACUUCUAAAUCAGGGUCGAACUGACAAAAUAAUUUAAAGACGUUUACUUCCCUUGAACUUUGAAUCUGUGAAAUGCUUUUCCUUGUUUACACAUUGGCAGAGUUGCAGUUUGUUUCUGUUUUUGAUACCUGUACUGUGUUCCUGACGAGCCCUUUGUAGAGUGGUCAGGUCUGCUGUAAUAUUCCCCAUGCCUGCCUCUGCUGUCCAUGGCAGCAGCAAAAUCACCUCUUUAUGUUGCUCUCUUCCCCGGCCCCACCCAAGUCCCCAGGUCCAGGUCCAUUUCUCCCAUUUACACGACACUCUAGUCUGAAGGUUCUGAUUUUUAGUGUUUCAAACUAAUGCAAAAAAUGAAAACAGAAAACUGUGUGGUCCUCACUACUGAGUCAUUUCUUUGGGAGCCAUCACUGUUGAAAGAUGGGAAAAACCUGAAUGUAUAAAGCAUUUAUUUGUCAAUAAACUGCCUUUUAUAAGGGAUUUUUAUAUAAUAUAAAAGAGCUUCCCUUGUUAGUGUAAGUUUUAUACCCUCUAAUUUUCCAUACUCUCCACCCUGUCAUCCCAGGAGUGCCAUGAUGACUGCUGCACAUGUGGGAGUCACACUUGCAUGAGACAGUGCUGUACCACAGAAAUAUGAUGAGAUCCCCUGGCAGUUGUGUCCGCAUCACUUUCAGGCUGGAAAGGGGACCUUCCUUUCAAAAUAUGUUGUUAUACCUUCAGACAGGGUCAUGGGCAUGCCUUCCCAAAGUGGAACAGAGUCCAUUUUCUUUUUGAGUGAUUGCACCCCAGUUCCUCACAGUGUGGGACCUCCUUCCUAAGGCAAUAGAAAUAUGAAAUCUUUGAUGCAUCUUUAAGUGCCAGUGCUGCUGUGGACAUGCUACUUGCAAAACUGUUAGUACUCUUUCCAAUCAAAUUAGGGUUCAUAUUUGCUCUGUGGAUUUUCUAAUCCAUUGCUCUGUGUUACUCCAUCAAAUGAAAGAAGUUAACAUAGUUUUUUCAUGUUUGCAAAAUGAUUGGUUCUUCUGAAACUGUGGUAAUAAAUACCUUUUUAAUCUAAAAACAUCUAUUGACCAUCUACUAUGCUUGGCACUUAGGCACUAUAUAUUUAAAGUGCAAAUUUUCACAAGCUGAUUGUAGUAUACUUAAUGGUUUUGUAUGCAUUUUUUGCUUGUAAAAGUCUCUGAUGGUAAAGAUUGUGAAACUGAUACCAGAGCUUCAGAACUCCAGCAGUUUGUAAUGGAUAAAAAAGGCACAAAACUAUCCCUAUGUAAAAUGCUUGAACCCACAUUUAGGUAGCUUUCUAAAUACAGAUUUAGUUGUGGGUUUAUGCGCAUUUCCACCACUACUUAACUGUGUGUCCAGUGUGACAUAGAGAGACCCCAGAUAAUGAGUCCCUCAUCCUGACUCUAGCGAACAUGACAGAACAUCUGAUAAAGCUGAUGGAACUGGUGUUGUACAAGAUUCAUGAGCACAGCCAAGUUGACCUGGGGAGGGAACUUCGCAAUCUGGCUUCAUAGGAUGAGACAAUACUUGAGGAUUCACAGGUUUUACGUGGUUCAGAUUUGUUCAAAUGACAGUUGCUUGUGCUCCCAGAGGGGGAUUUUUAAUUUUCCCUGGGUACUCUUCCUCUGCAGAGUUACGAUUACAGGUUUUUAGACUUUUUUUUUAAUUGGAUGAUUGUGUGUUGUUUUAUGAACUCCAUGUUAUACCAUCAUAAUUUUUUACUUGUUUUGUAAUUUCUGGUGUCAUAUUGGAACAGCACUCUAUUUUGGAUUUCAUAUGACUUGCCGAUGAUCAGUAGUACAGUCUAAAACCUAAAGUUUCCACUUUCUUGUCAUAACUUUGUUAUAACAUUCUCAAUAGAUUAGGGAGGGGUGUGAAAACAGGAAUAAUAGGACCAUAGCAUAGUCUCUUUUCACUCUUCAGGUCAUGUGAAUUUUUCAGCCAGAAUUUAAAGCAAAGCACAUGAUAAUAUAAUCAAUUUGGGUCUGAGAUUCAGAAAAAAAAAAAAAACUGCAUCUAAACUCCACCAAAAUUUCUUCAUCUUCUAGUCAUUAGCCCAUGCAAUAAAUUAUCAGUGAGUCCCAAGGCAGGGAGUGGAAAGAGGGAACCUACUUAACACAUGAAAACUCACACCACCCAUUGCCUACAGCAGCACACUGGAAAAGAGCUUGUUUAAAGAAAUAAUUGAAAGUAUUUUUUCAGUAUAAAGAGGGUUUACCUGUUAAUUCUUUGAAAUGUUCCAGACUUGGUUCACUAUGAUCCCAAAAGUUAGGUAUUCCUCCCAUUGUCUCAAGAUUUGGAAAUAAAAUUACUCCUGAUCCAGUAUUUAAUAUAAUCCAUAAGUUUAAAGUAAAUCCCGACCAAUUUUAAUACUUGCCUGAAAAUAUGUUCUGUGUAGAAGGACUUAGAGAUUUAUCUUCAGUGAUAUUCCCAGAAUAUCAGAGGUGUGGUUUUGUUUUGGUUUUUUCGUUUGUUUGCUUUUCCCCACUGGAUGAUACCUGAUAAAUCAAGGCCAAAUUUUUUAGUAUCGAAUCCAGGCAUUUGAUGCUUAACUUGAACUUCUGCUACUACAACCUUUAGCCCACCCCUUUCUCCCUUGCCCACAUUUCAGUAGAGCGCUAAUUACAUCCUCAAAAGGUGUGUUCCUUAACUCAGUUUUUCACACACCAAGAUCACAUGCAAAGAAUUCAUAAUUUGAACUUCUUAAUUUUUCACUUCCAGAAACAUUUCUUGCAGAUUGGACAUUACUUUUCUUCUCAGAUUUUCAACUUGAAGCUCUAGUUUGCACUGAAUUAUCUAAUCUGGUUUUAAAAUGUCCCAUCUGGACUAAAUUGGAAGUAAAUUACAGUAUGUUUUAAACAAUAAUACAGAUACUGCCUGUUAACCUGGAAUUUUAGUGCUUCUAGGAAGAGGUUCUAGAAAAAGAUAGGAAUAGCAUGAAAAGGUUUCCUCCCGGCUUCCAUUUUAUUGUUUUUAAAUGCAUUUUUAGCUUGUCUAAUGUGGCAAAAUAGUUAUGUGUCCAAUUAAUUUAUAUUUUAUUCAUUCUUUUUCAAUUCUGGGUAUUAUGUAACCUCAGAUACUUUAUCUGUUCUUUUAAGGUAUUUUAUAAAAUGAUUGCUAACAAGAUGUAGACUUUGUACUUCGUUUUUCAAAUGAGCACAAACAUUUCUAGGAUGUCAUUUUUCUUCAUGUUAUGAAAAAGACACUGAGGAGCUAAUUGGAUCAAACGGCUCAUCAUGUCUAUCCUAGAUGGCUUAGUUACUAAAUACCAAGCCCAUGUGACAUAAAGACAGUCUACUAGGUAACUAUUGUCCUGUCAUAGAACUGAGAGGCAAAGUUUAUAAUUAUAGGUCAUGAAGACCAAUAUCAGGGAAACCAGAUUUGGGAUGAUAACACUAGAUAAUGGGCAAUUCCUGAUCAACAGUAACAUCGUUCUUUAAAAAUCUUUAUUUCUGUAAUCAUUGGUUACCAGCUACUAUGUACUAUGGAGAAGACAGCAGACAUUUAAAAUGGGAAGAGCAGCCAUAUGCAUAGUAGAGGUUUGAUAAGAGCACUGGAUGAGUAAAUACAAAUGCUUACUAAAUCGGUAGGUGGCGUCUGCCAUUAUACUGUACACCAAGUGGGGAGCUUGUUCUCUAUUGAAGAAUCAUAGCAGAAUGUUGUGAAAUUAAUUGGGACAUGCAAGUCUCAUGCAUAGUAAUAAUUAUUCCCUGAAAGCACAUGUGAUGUGAUGAGAUACACAUCAUGAAUUCCAUACAGUAAAUUCUGUGGGUUACCUCACUUUAACUCCUGUA